UCUUUCUUGCUCGUGCGCUCGUGGUUUGUCGUGGAGGUGAAAAAGCGAGGUUUUUUGGCCAACGCCGGUGAAAAUCCGGGACCCGGAACCGUUUCAUAUCCGCGAUUCGACUUUGAACACACGUACCCCCCCGUUGCAUAAUAGUGAGUAUUGAGAACCGAAAUGGCCGGAGUGCGCGGCUACGAACAGCAGCAGCCGGUUGCCGCCCCAACUUGCAUGACGAACCGGCCGGAAUAUUACUAUGUUUACGUGGCGGAAUCGGAAUUUUCCAACGUCGGUUACUGGAUUCUGCUUGAGCCGGACAAAACGCUUAGUUUGGUGAGUCUGCGCGGUUACUUUGCGACCUGCUUCGGGAUCAAGUACAAAUUUGUGAACGCCAUCAAUGAGGUCGAAACUCGGUACAUCCGGUACCAUAACGGGUUCUUCCGGUUCCCGCCGGGGCUGGACAUGAACAAUACACGCUUCGUGGCGUACUACUACAACGAUAAGGAUGACGUGAACGCGUUUAUGGAGAUGGCCGAGGCUAAUGAUGAUGGGAGUGGGACGCUUCCGGCGCUGGAGUUUAAGGAACAACCGGCGGCAGUCAAUCUACAGCAGACGCAGCAGUUGCAGACGCACAAUGAUUCGACCUUUUUGGGGCGGACGGCGUUGAACUUUGAGAUGGACAAGGUGUUGGUUCAUGGUGCGCAGAGUACGCCGAACAAGCCAUUGCCGGGAGGUUACGUGUCCUCGACGUCGGACGUGAUUCUGCAGGAGAAAACGAUUGAGGUGAUUUCGGUGCACGAUUCCCAGUCGAUGCUGAAUCCACCACCUCCUCCGCCGGGUCCGCCCCAACAUCAGACACCGAAGGUUCAGCCGAAAGCCGAACCGGUGGCGCCCAUCGUAACCGGUGUGAAGGCCAAGUUGGGUCCAAGCGUUUCCUCCACCUCGGACGUGGUUAGGGCGGAACAACGCUUCAGCCGGACCAAACGCGACCGUGACAACGAUUCCAGUGGCUUUCAGCGGGAAAAGAGCUCGGUGAUGAUCAAGCCGCAAGUGGCGCCGAAGAGCAAGAACAUGCUGAACCGGUACCAGCAGCAACGGCGAACUCAACCGGAAGAUGUAUCAGAAAAGACGCCGCUAAAGAUAACGCUUCAGACGCGAGGCCACCAAACGGAACGUAAUGCAAAGAUCCUGAAGAUUGAGGACGAAAAAGGCCGAACUACGGCGCUGCUGACCAAGCGCAAGUGGGGUGGCAAACCGGGCCCAUCAUCAACGGCUGGCCAGGCCAACAAACGUCGCUAUGAACCGGAACAGGAACAGGAAAGACACGAGCCAGAACGUUACGAGAAACGUCGUCGGUACAAUACGAACCAUCAGCAAUACUACCACCAGCCGGAAGUCAAGACAUCCCCAGUUUACGAUGAUUACUACCGAACCUUGAACGUGCUGCUCGUGGGCUUCAACACUACCGCUCCGGCCAUCCAAGAAACGACCACAUACUUUAGCGAAUUUGGCGUCGUGCAAGAUCUGCACCUUUACACGCUGGACAAUCGGCACAACACUGCCGAAUAUUACGCGUUCAUGACGAUCCGAACGGACGAUGCCGUGUCGCUGUUUUCCGACCGACACCUGUACAACGGCACCGUAAUCUACGCCAUUCGCGUAGACGGUGACCGGCUGCCAUCCAGACUGAACUGCAAGGUUUGCGGCUACUACGGCAUCAACGUCGGCUAUCUGCACUACCACCUCGAGGGCUACCCACACCAGACGCAGCUGCAGAAGCGGCUGGAUUCGCUUGCCACGACGGUUCCCAACAUCUACCGCGAUUCGUACUACCGGAUCACGCACGACGAGGUUUACGUGCAGUAUCCAAACGACGCCAUUCAGGAGCUGGUCCGCAACAAUAACGACUACAUGAAGCGGCCGCGUACGACGAACGCCGCCCCGGGACCGUCCAACAACAAUCGUUACUACAGCACCGAAAGGGAGCGUUACUAUUGAAUAAUCAUCAUCUUGGUUAGAACCGCUUUUAUCGGGGUUUGAGUUCGAGUUGACCUCGAUUCCUGUCGAUGAAUCGCGGCUUUCGAAAGGAGAUUGUUAAGUUUUACCCAUCGCGAGAUAUUAUUCAGGAUU